AUGAUUACAGUUAAUGCUGCAACAAUUUCAGGUAUAAGUUUAUGGAUUGAAUACAAUCCAGUGAUUGAUGUUAGUGCCUUAGUUAAAGAUAUGUUCGCAUUUGGUCAGUCAAACUAUGUUUUCAUGCUAAAAUGUAAAGUAGAACAACCAUGUAGAACCAUGACAUUCUAUUCAUUUGGUAAUCCACGAAUUCAAUUACGACUAAAACUUGAUUUCGAUAAACUGGACGACAACGACAAGUACUACUGCACAAAAGAUAAAUAUAGCAAAUACAAAUAA